AUGGAAAUAUGAAAAGUCGAUAAACUACCAGGACCAGCAGGACCCAACAGUUUUCAAAUAUUUCUGCAAAUGUUAAAGAUAUUCGACCACUAUGAGUAACAUAUACAUACAAGAGCCGCCUACGACAGGGAAGGUGAUACUGAAGACGACUGUUGGCGAAAUAGACUUAGAAUUAUGGACCAAGGAAGCACCAAAAGCUUGUAGAAACUUCAUACAGCUUUGUUUGGAAGGUUAUUACGAUGGUACCAUUUUUCACAGAGUUGAAAAAGGUUUUAUUAUACAAGGUGGUGAUCCCACUGGAACUGGGGAGGGUGGCGAGAGUAUAUACAAUGGUCCUUUCAAGGAUGAAUUUCAUAGCAGAUUACGUUUUUGCCGGAGAGGCUUGCUUGCUAUGGCCAAUUCAGGAAAAGACGAUAACGGUUCUCAGUUUUUUUUCACACUGGCAGCAACACCUGAAUUGCAGAAUAAACACACGAUAUUUGGUAAAGUUACAGGAGAGACAAUUUACAACAUGCUCAAACUUGAGGACGCGUUGGUCGAUGAGAACGAUCGUCCCUUGUAUCCACAAAAAAUUGUUAAAACAGAGGUUUUGAAUAAUCCGUUUACCGACAUCGAGCCUCGAGUUGAACCCAAACAAGUUGGGGCGGAAAGGCUGAAAAAGAAAGAGAAAAAAUCUGGCGUGAAAAACUUCAAACUUCUAUCUUUUGGAGAGGAAGCAGAGGAAGAUGAAGAGGAGUCUGUUGUCUUGAGCAAACAAUUUAGUAGCAAAGGAAAAUCAGCUCAUGAUAAUUUGGCCGAUCCUAAGCUAAGUUCAGAGCCUGCUAUAGACAAUGGCGAACCACCGAGUAAAAAGACAAAAGGAGAUGAGGAUAGCGACUCGGACAGUGCAACUGAAGAAAAAUCACCCGAGGAGAUUGCCAAUCUGAGUAAAGAAAAGCAAGCUAUGAGAGAAAGGAUAAAAAAUAAGUUAAAAGACACUAAAAGUAUAUCAGAGAAUAAGAAAUCAAAAGAUCCGAAGGUCGCUGAAGUCCACGACAUCGACAAUGAUGGUGAGCCCGAAGAAGAAGCUUAUUACCUGGGUAAAGAUCGUUUUGAAGAACGAAAGAAAAAAGCCGAGGAGAUACGAAAAGAAAUCCGAGACUUGAAACGCGACGUCAGAAGUGAUAAAAAAGCAAAAGAAGAGGAAGCCAAGAUACAGGUGGAGAAAGAACAAGAGAAGGAAAAGAAAUCUAGCGUUUUAAGGGAAUACAUAGAAACCCAGGAGAAGUAUAAGGAGGCUAAAUCGAAAUUGCCGAAGAAAGGCGCAUCCCGAGAAAAUUUCACUCUGCAGCUUUUGCAAAAGUUUCGAAGCAAGCUGCAAAGCGCUAAGGAACAGGUUGAGGAGUCGAGUGAAGACACGGAACAAAAGAAAAAAUCCGAUAACGAAGACGAUGACGGAUUCGACAACGAAAAAUGGAUGGCGCACACUUUACGGUUCGAGGAAAAAACGCCAGUUUUGGCUAAAGAUGCCAGUACAAAGGCCGACGAUUGGUUCGAGAUUUAUGAUCCGAGAAAUCCAUUGAACAAAAGAAGACGCGGUGAGAAAACACCAAAAUUGAAAGACGGUGAACACUCUCGGCACAAACAAUAACUAUGUAUAAAACUCUAAUGAACCGUAUAGACUUUCACAAAAAGUGUCGUCUUCAAAUCUAAAAACUAGUUUCCAGUGUUCUAAAUUAUAAAUUCCAAAAUUAUUACAAAUCGAAUAAGCAUUAUUUGCAUUUGAUGCAAAUCUAAUUCAACACUCGCAAAUUCGGACACAAUUUAAACCCAGGAAUUAAUUACAAAUUACAGAUCGCGUUCGCUAAAUGUAAUAUUAUCUUUAUUUACAUCCGUAUUUACGGUACAAGCAACUUGCAGUGUACAUAAUAUCGCUACUAGUUCCCGUUAACGCAAAUAUUUAGUUUUAAUGCAGGUAAAGCGUUAUAUCAUUGAAAUUAUUCUGGUGGAAAUAUUCGUAUCGAGUAUCGAUUAGCAAUGUUUGCACUUAUAACAAGAUAAUAAUCAAACGAUGUACAAAUGAUAUAUUCUAGUUACGAUCAUGUAUCAAUAACUCUUUAAUUAAUCUAAAGAAUAAAGUAAUUCUUUUUU